AUGGUGAAGAUCAGCAUAAAUCCCAUCUUGAAACGGACAUUCCCUCUAUCAGUGCUGCUGGCGCCGCUCCUCGCAGCCUGUCUUGGGGCUUCAAACCUAGCUCAGAUCGCUGUUGCCGCUGCAACAUCGGCGGAGUCAAGUGCUGCGUCUGAUUCCUUAGAUUCAUGGCUGGCCAGAGAGACUCCAUAUGCCCUUGAUGGAAUUUUAAAUAACAUCGGCCCAGACGGCGCGAAGGCUGUGGGUGCAGUCUCUGGCGUGGUGGUUGCGAGUCCGAGCAAGAGUAAUCCGGAUUCAAAGAAAGAAAAAGCUCAUGCUAAUGGAUGUAUCUGUAUAUAUUUCUACACUUGGACUCGUGACGCUGCUCUGACUGUUAAAUGUCUGACCGACCUCUUCCUGGUCAAUGGUGACGUGAAUCUGCAGUCGCAGAUCCAGAACUACAUCAGCCGCCAGGCAUAUUUGCAGACCGUAUCCAAUCCAUCUGGUGACCUGUCGACUGGGGGACUUGGUGAGCCCAAAUUCGAGGUUGAUGGCGCUGCAUUUACCGGUUCCUGGGGCCGUCCUCAACGAGAUGGGCCUGCGUUGAGGGCUACGGCUCUGAUUGCUUAUGCCAAUUGGCUCAUUAGCAAUGGACAGACCUCGACGGCGGAGUCCAUUGUUUGGCCGGUUGUCCAGAAUGACCUUUCAUAUGUGAUGCAGUAUUGGAAUUCAUCUACCUUUGACCUCUGGGAGGAAGUCUACGGCUCAUCGUUUUUUACCACGGCCGUGCAGCAUCGUGCCCUAGUCGAAGGUGCGGCUUUCGCCAAAAAGCUUGGCCACUCUUGUCCCGACUGUCUCUCCCAGGCAUCGCAGAUCCUCUGCUUUUUGCAGUCGUACUGGACCGGUGCUUACGUGCUCUCUAACUUUGGUGGUGGCCGCUCAGGGAAGGACGCCAACUCGAUCCUCGGAGUUCUGCAUACUUUCGACCCCGAUGCAGACUGCGAUGAUACCACUUUCCAGCCUUGUUCUGCCCGGGCGCUUGCGAACCAUAAAGUAGUUACGGACUCUUUCCGGUCCAUCUACUCUCUCAACUCGGGUAUUGCCCAGGGUCAAGCCGUGGCUGUGGGACGGUAUCCCGAGGACGUCUACCAGGGAGGCAAUCCAUGGUAUCUCUGUACUUUGGCUGCGGCGGAGCAGCUCUACGACGCGCUGUAUCAAUGGGAUCGAAUCGGGUCCUUGUCUAUAACGGACGUCAGUCUGGGAUUCUUCCAGGACCUGUACCCGUCCGCUGCAGUAGGUGACUAUGCGUCUUCCACGGAGACAUACAGAGAUCUCAUGGCAGCUGUGAAGGCCUAUGCGAAUGGAUAUAUGGAUAUUGCUAGAAAGUACACACCUGCCAACGGCGCUCUAGCAGAGCAGUUUUCUAGAGACGAUGGUUCCCCAGUCUCAGCGGUCGAUCUGACCUGGUCGUAUGCCUCUCUUCUCACGGCAGCAGCCAGACGAGGCUCCCAGAUGCCGCCAUCGUGGAACGAAUCUUCUUCCAACAAGCCUCCAUCGACUUGCUCAGCAUCCUCUGCGACGGGGGCCUAUGCCUCGGCUACCAACACCGUCUGGCCCACAGCGUCGUGUGCGGCGACGCCGACAGCCGUGCCUGUGCGUUUCAACGAACUGGUCACGACUUCAGUCGGGGAUAAGGUAGCCCUCGUGGGGUCCACCCCUGCUCUGGGGUCAUGGAAUGUCUCUGCGGCCGUCGCACUGAGUGCAGACGAAUACAGCAGCGUCACGCCCCUAUGGCACGGGACGGUGAGUCUCCCGACCAAAACGAGCUUCGAGUAUAAGUAUGUGGUGCAGAAGGAGUCUGGGGAAGUGGACUGGGAGGGCGGAGAGAAUCGGUCGUACACAGUGCCAGAGGGAUGCGAGGGCUCUUCAGUGACCGUCAACGACAGCUGGAAGUAG